AUGAUUAAUAAAUUAUUAUUGAUUAUUUUAUAUUUUCCAUUAACAUUUAUUUUUUGUGAUCUUAUUGAAUUAUCUAAUAUAAUUAUACGUGAACAUACAUCAAUAGGUCAUUUAUUAGUAAAACUUAAUACAUCAACAGAACAACGAUAUUCAUAUCGUUUUGUUAAUAAUAAUUAUCGUGAAAUUCAACAAUAUUUUACAUUAAAUUCUACAACAGGUGAAUUACGUAUUGCUAUUGAUAUUGAUCGUGAAUUAAUUUGUAUACAUCGACAUAUUGAAUGUAAAUUUUUAUUAAAAAUUUUUGAAUUAUAUCAUGAAAAACUUUAUCAUAUACCAAUUAUAAUUGAAGAUAUAAAUGAUCAUCAACCAAUAUUUCCAUAUAAAACAUCAGAAAUUGAAUUACAUAUAUUAGAAAAUUCUCCACCAUAUCAAUCAAAACUUUUUAUACAACAAGCAUAUGAUUAUGAUUAUAUAGAUAAUCAAAAUCAAUUAAAAUAUCAAUUAAAAAAUUUCGAUGAAAAUUUUCCAUUUAUUCUUGAAAUUAAUGAUGAUUUAUCAAAUCGUUUAGUUCUUCUACUUGUUGAAACACUUGAUCGAGAAAUAAUUGAUUCAUAUAAUUGUACAUUAUAUGUUACGGAUACAAAUGGACAUCAUACACAACUUUUUAUUAAAAUUAUUAUUGAUGAUGUUAAUGAUCAAUCACCUAUUUUUGAAAAAGAUAUUUAUUCAAUUUCAUUAUCUGAAAAUACUGCAAUAAAUACAACAAUACUUCAAGUUUAUGCUUAUGAUGGUGAUAUAGGUUUAAAUGGUCGAAUAACAUAUGAUUUUACUGAUGCAUCAAAACAAUAUAAUAAUAUAUUUUGUAUUGAUAAUGAAACAGGUGUUAUUAAUCUUCGUUCAUUAUUUGAUUAUGAACAACGUAUAUCAUAUAUAUUUUAUAUUGAAGCAUAUGAUUCUGGAAAAGAAAUUCGUUCAUCACAAACACUUAUUAAUAUAACAAUCUUAGAUGAAAAUGAUUGUUAUCCAAUAAUAAAUUUUCAAUUUUUACCUGAAAUAAAUUCCAAUUCAUCAAAUGAUAUUAUUGAAAUAUCUGAAAAUUAUUCUAUUGAUAAAUUUUUUGUUAAAAUUUUUAUAACUGAUAAAGAUAGUUUUCAUAAUGGAAAUAUAUCAUUAUGGUUUGAUAUAUUAGAUAAUUAUAAUAAUAAAAAUUAUCAAGAAUUUAAUUUAUAUCAAAUAAAUAGUUUAACAUAUUUAUUAAAUUGUACAAAAUCAUUUGAUUUUGAAUAUCAACAAAUAUAUCGUUUAAAAUUUUAUGUUAAUGAUUUUAAUUUAAAUAAAUUAUUACAAACAAAUAAAAUUUUAACAAUAAAUAUAUUUGAUGAAAAUGAUAAUAAACCACAAUUUUUACAAUCAUCUUAUCAUUUAUCAAUCUAUGAAAAUAAUCAAGCUAAUAUUAUUUUAACAAAAAUUGAAACAUUUGAUCCUGAUAAUGGUGAAAAUGGUCGUUUAACAUAUGAAAUAUUAACAAAUGAAAAUUUUUUACCAUUUUCAAUUGAUUCAAAUACAGGUAUACUUCGUUGUUUAGAUAUAUUUGAUCGUGAAAAACGAUCAAAUUAUACAUUUGAAAUACGUGUUUAUGAUCAUGGUUAUCCAAUAAGUUUAUCAUCUAAAAUUUCAAUAGAAAUUCUUAUUAAAGAUCUUAAUGAUAAUAAACCAAUAUUUGAAUAUGAUAAAUAUGAAUUUAUGAUUGAAGAAAAUUUUUCAUUAUGGAAAUCAUUUGGUUAUAUUCAUGCAUAUGAUUAUGAUUUAAAUACAAGUUUAAUUUAUUAUAUUGAAAAUGAAAAUAAAUUUCGAAUAAAUCAAUAUGGUGAAAUUUUUUUACAAAAUUCAAUUGAUCGUGAAUUACAAGAUAAAUAUUUUUUUAUUGUUACAGUUUCAGAUAAUUAUUUUCAAACAUCUGUACCUGUUUAUAUUAAUAUAUUAGAUAUAAAUGAUUGUAAACCACAAUGGAAAAAUCCAUUUAAAAAUUAUACAAAAUUAUUUAUUAAUAAAGAUAUUGUUAAAAUUAAUACAUUAAUUAUUAAAUUUGAAGCUAUUGAUCAAGAUGAUAUAACAAAUGGAAAUGGUUUAGUUAAUUAUUAUAUAAAUGAUAAUUAUAAUUUUUUAAAUUUAUUAAAUAAUGGUGAAUUAAUAUUAAAUUCAACACCUGAAAUAGGAUAUUAUUUAUUAAAUAUACAAGCAAAAGAUAAUGGACAAUUUAUACAAUAUUCAUCUAUUAUACAAAUUGAUUUAUUUAUUGGAAAUAAUAAUACAAAUACAAGUCAAUUUUAUGAGAAAUUUUAUAAAAUAAAUUCAUUAUCAAAAAUACAACGUUUUAUAUUAUUAAUAACAUUAUUUCUUUCGAUGAUUUUUAUUCUUAUAUUUAUUUGUUCGAUUACUUUAAUAAUGAUAUGUCGUUAUAGAAAACAAAAAUAUUUAUCUUAUAUGAAAUGUAAUCAAAAUCAAUUAAAUAAUACAAAAUUAACUAUUGAUCAAAAUCAUUCAAUUGAUUCAAGUUCAAAUUCAUCUAAAUUAAGUUUGGUAUGA